GGGGCCAGCGCUGCCUGUGACAGCCGUGCGGAGCCAGCCGCCCCCAGCAGCGCUGCCAGCAGGCAGAGAUGCCCCAGCCGGUGCCCCCCUGCAGCUCCGCUGCUGUCCGCGUCGCUGUCCUGCUGGGCUGCGCCUGCCUCAGCUCGGCCGCUCCACGGGGCAGCAAGGGGCGCGCCUUGAUCCCCCUCAGCCCCCAGGAAGAAGCCUCCUGUCCCGAAGCCUCUGCGGACGCCCUCCUGAGCAGCAGCCUCACCACCCGCCUGCUGCCCGCGCUCUACUCGCUGGUGCUGCUGGUAUCGCUGCCAGCCAACGCCCUGGCAUGCUGGGUGCUGCUGGCCAACUUCAGGAGGUGCUCCAGCGCCCUCUUCCUGCUCAACCUGGCCGCCUCCCACCUGCUCUUCGCCCUGGUGCUGCCCCUCAAGAUCUCCUACCACCUGCUGGGCAACCACUGGCCCUUCGGCGAGCUCCCCUGCCGCGCCCUGGUGGCCUCCUUCUACGGCAACCUGUACGGCUCCAUCCUCUUCGUCACCUGCGUGGGGCUGGAGCGCUACGUCUCCGUGGUGCACCCCUUCGCCUGGAAGGGCUCCAGCUGGACGUGGGGCAAGGCAGCCCUCUGCCUGCUGCUCUGGCUCGGGGUAGGGCUGGGCGUGUGCCCGCUGCUGCUGCGCGCCCAGACCCGGCGCCUCGACGGCCUCAACAUCACCACCUGCCACGACGUGCUGGGCGAGGAGCAGCACCGCCAGCUGGCCAACUACUUCGUGCUCCUGGUGGGGCUGGGCUUCGGCUUGCCCUUCGUGCUGAUGGCCGCCUCCUACGGCUGCGUGCUGGCACGGCUGCUGGGCAAGGGCGGGCGGCACGGGCGGGUGGCACGCCUCCUGGCCUUGGUCCUCCUGGUCUUCGUCUGCUGCUUCACCCCCAGCAACGUGCUCCUCUUCAUCCACAGCCUGCUGGAGGCCUCCGGGUGCAGCAUCAACCUCAGCUACGCUCUCUACACCGUGGCCCUGCUGCUCGCUGCCUUCAGCAGCUGCUUCGAUCCCUUCCUCUACUUCUACAGCUCCCAGGAUUUUCGGGGCUGGCUCCGGCGAGCAGGCAGCCGCUGCCUGCCCGGGAUGGACACUCCCUCGGGGGGGACCACGGGGAAGGCAGUCUCGCCCCUCAGGUCCAGCGAGCAGAGCCAGCUGUAGGCAGGCGGAGGAGCUGCUGCGCCCUCCCUGGGCGGCGGACACCACCCUGGCUCGGGGAGAAGGAUGCCAGCCUGCCUCCGAGGGUCCCCAAGGCUUUGCCCUGGCUCGGCAGCUCCUCCAGCGCCGCUGGCCCCGUCCUGUGUCUGUCCCCCGGCUUGGCCCUGUCCCCUCCUUGUCCCCGCUGCUGCUGCUGCAGCGAGCACAGCCUGCAGAG